AGACCUGCUGUGGUGCUGCUGAGGGACAACAUGUGGCUCCGGGACGAGGUUCUGAAGUCCAUCUGGCACGCCUUCACGGCUCUGGACGUGGACCACCGUGGAAAAGUCUCCAAAUCUCAGUUAAAGGUGCUGUCCCACAGCCUGUGCACCGUGAUGAAGAUCCCUCAUGAUCCGGUGGCCCUUGAAGAGCAUUUCAAAGACGAUGAUAAAGGGCCUCUGUCCAACCAGGGCUACAUGCCGUACCUCAACAGGUUCAUUCUGGACAAGGUGCGGGAGGAUUUCGACGUGCUGGAGUUCAACAAGAUGUGCUGGACGCUGUGUUACAAGAAAAAUAUCUGCACCAAACAACUCGUCAUCUCAGACAACGACGCUUUCAGAGUCUGGUGCAUUUUCAACUUUCUGUCAGAAGACAAAUACCCGCUCGUCAUCAUCACUGAGGAGAUCGAGUACUUCCUGCGAAAGCUGCUGGAGGCCAUGGGGGCCGAAUGGAGCGAGGAGAAGUUUGCAGAGUACAAGCUGCAGCUGAACAGGAAGAACAACUGUCUGACUGCCUGGGAGCUGAUUGAGCUGGUGGGGAUGGGCUACUUCAGCAAGGGCCUGAACUCCCAGACCCUGUCCAUGGGCAUCAACGAGGUCUUCCAGGAGCUCAUACUGGACGUCCUCAAGCAGGGAUACAUGAUGAAGAAGGGCCACAAGAGGAAGAACUGGACCGACCGCUGGUUCGUCCUCCGACCCGACUCGCUGUCCUACUACGUCUGUGAGGACCUGAUGGAGAAGAAAGGGGUCAUCGUUCUGGACCGGACCUGCUGUGUGGAGUCUCUUCCAGAUAAAGAGGGGAAGAAAUGCCUCUUCAUCAUCAAGUGUGUUGAUAAAAGCUUUGAAAUCAGCGCAUCAGAUAAAAAGAAGAGGCAGGAAUGGAUUCAUGCCAUCCAGUCGGGGAUCCAGAUGUUGAGGCUGGGGCUGCUGUCUCCUCACCGCGAGGCCCGUCUGCGGCGCAGAGAGCUCCGUCAGAGACAGCUGACAGACGAAGACGACCUGACGGAGAGGAUGAAGCAGCUGCAGGCGGCCAACGAGAAGAAACAGAGACAGCUGGAGGAGAUGAGGAAGAAAAUGGAAGAGGCUUCGGCUAAAGCAGCAGCAGAGGAGCACAGGAGGAAGCAGAGCCAGCUAGACCUGCAGGAUCAAUACAGACUGGACCUGGAGAGGGAGAAAAUGGUGCGUCAGCAGAUGGAGCAGCAGGUCGCUCAGAAGUCCAGUGAGCUGGAUCAGUACCUGCAGCGCGUCAAGGAGCUGGAGGACAUGUACCACCGUCUGGAGGACGCCCUGGAGGACGAGAGGCAGGCCAAGCAGGACGAGGAGGCCAUGAAGAAGCUGCAGGCCAGGCUGCUGGAGGAAGAGGCAGCAAAGCGAGCCGAGCUGGAGCAGAUCCACCUGCAGCAGCAGAGGGAUCUGUCCCGCACCCAGGCCGAGAAGCAGGAGCUGGUGGCCGAGCAGCGAGCCAAGGAGAGAGACCUGCAGGCAGCCAUGCUGCAGCUGGAGAGGCUGCAGGAGGAGCGCCACGGAGCGCUGCAGCAGUACCAGAAAGUGACGCAAAAGCUUGAACGAGCAGCGAACAAGACAAAGACUUGGAAGGACAAAGUGGCCAAACACGAGGGUCUGGUGCGUCUCAUCCAGCCAGGAGAUAAAGAGCCUCUGAGAGUGAAUAACUGGGGUUUGGUCCACAACGACGCUGAGCUGGAGCUGAGGAAGAAGCUGUGGCAGGAGAGUAAGAACCAGGGAGCUGAGAAACAGUGAACAGCUGGAUCACACAUUCAACCACCUGGAAGAAGUAGUUUGACAAAAUAAUCUAAAAUGAUGACAAUGGCUGUGAGAUUUUGGAUUAAAAGUGCCAGAAAAACUAAGUAAGUCUACUUUAAUUUGAGGUUAUUGUAUGAAAAGUUCAUUCUCAUUCAGUUGUUUUGUUCAGAUGAGUUUUUUAUGUUGUAAUUUUAGUUUUGUCCUUUCUGACUUUCUGACACGUUGUGUGUUUAAUUUAACUGCUGACAUCCAGUAGAGUGUUUAAGAUAAUUUUUCAGCUCAGAUUAUUAACUGAAGUUGAGUGAUUGGCGUCAUAACGAAGAUGAUAAAAAAUAAAUAAAGACCACACCACCUAUUUUUUAUGAAA